AUGGCUGCGUUGGUUCAGACCUAUCCCCAGCAAUCAGGAACUGUGACAUUGCUUCAGGCGAGACCAAAUUCGGCUUCGGGUAUCAUGCCAACCACAUCACAAGCUCAUCCGGGACAGGCAUACAUGGCGAACCCGCAAAGAACUAGCUACCACGGCUUGCCCGGGAGCGUGGGAGGACAGUCGGCUUACCGUGGCAGCUCGAUAGCACCGGUGCAACCGUACGCUUUUACAUCUACGCCUAACCUCACUAAUGGCGGGCAAUGGCAACAAUAUGGUGGCUAUCGGACAUCAUCGGGGACCACUGUCCCUACUAUGCAGCAGAUGGUGGAUGCCAGGGGACAACCUGCGCCCGUCCCGGCUUCCCGUCCUCAACUCAAUGGCACUUCCAACCAGCCAACAUUCGCACAAGUCGCUGCAGCCAAAGCCUCGCCCGAGCGGUAUAGGAGACCAUCGCCAAGGCAUACAGAAACUUCACCUGCUGGGUUGCAAUCUUCUCAGCCAUCACAAGGGCAAGGUUCGGCAACGCCCUCUGGCUCCGGCAUGGCCACCGUCGUCCAUCUGUAUAACCCGAGAGCGGUGCCAGACCGCAAAGCUGCCAUCCCUCGAAAUCCAGCUGUGCUGCCCAGACCACACAGUGCUUAUGGUACAGGUGUGACCAUGGACGAUAUGCAUCUGCAUCGGCAGGUCACCGACGAAGAGGCCAAAAGGUUUCGGCGGCGGAGCAUUCACUCAAUCAAUUCUUCCGAUUAUCCUACCCCCUUGACCCCGCAGGACUUCAAACAGGCGGAAGAAUCGUUCCGCCUGGAAGCACCGGCCAAGUCAAACAAGCAGAGCAAUGUCGAAAAGAGUCAGAAGCCUGCUGUCCGAGUAGUUCCUGCUCCUCCCCCAGCGACCAACGUCGAGAAGAGCACCAUACCUGCCAGAAAUGGCAGCUCUGAAAGUCUUGUUUCCAGCCGAAGCAGCAACUCACGACCUUCUUCGUCGGCGAACCGAAACUCCAAUGCAUCAGCCCCCACUGGGAGCCCCGCCUCCACCUCCUCCACCUCUGGGGAAAAGCCAUCAAGCCACGACCAACUCAAGCUGGUUAACAUACCGCCUCGGGGCUCAUCGUCUGAUGUCGGCAAGCGAGUUCUUAGUCCAUCCCCCUUAUCCAAGCCGGUAACCAUGGGUCCGACGUCUUCAUCGGGCGAAACGGCCCCGCCCGCCGGCGCCUCUGUACCAUCUCCCACAAAGCCACCGACCUCUUCCCACGGCUCCAAGGCCGACAGCCCUGCAGCCAAGCAUCUCGCUGCGAUUAAUGAUAAAGGUGCAGGUGGUAAGUUGAAGAGCAAGUCCUCGAGACUACGGAGAGCAUUCUCGUUCGGAAGUGCUGCGGAACUCAGAAAGGCCACGGGGCAAGACAUCAGUGUCGAUGCUGCCAAGACAUCACCAAACGAGCCUGCUAGGCUGCACAAAGACCCUCGUCCCCAGGAUGUGUACGAGGAGGAACAAGCACGAAUCGCUCAGAAACAGGAGGAAGGGGGAAUUGGCAGCAGCAUCUAUUCGGGCACGAAGCUCUUUUCGGGCUCAACCGACAACCUGUCCAUCUCGUCGACGGCGUCAUCUGCAUCGAUCAUGCUCCGUAAGAUGGGACGUGGCGUGAAGAAGGGUAGUCGAUCGCUCGUCGGAAUCUUCCGGCCCAAGUCGGUUAUUGUGGCUCCGGGCGAAGACCUGACAGCACCCCAAGCCUCGCAGGCGGCUGUGACGAUGGUUACUGUCGAAGCCGAGCGUGACAGGGUCAAUGUCACUACCAAUGAGGAUCUCCAGGAGACGGGUGGCACCGGCUUUCCGCACCUGGAAAGAAACUCGAUCGAUGCGACAAAGGCAGCGGAUAGCGUGCAACCUGAUCGCCUCGGUAGCUCUGGCACCGACCACUCAGGCGCAAGGAAGAGCAUGGUAGGUGGAGAGAAAGAGAGAGCCGAGGUUCUGGCCACCAUUCGUAAGGGCAUUCUGAAGACUCGCAGCAACUCCCCAAGCCCGUCGACUCGGGGACAGGACAGCAAAGGCCCGACUUUUGAGCUACCCUUGAUACCUAAUGUCGCCGACUCUCCGAACUCGACUGCUCCUAGUACGCCAAAUGACGACGUUCAAGGCCAUAAGCGCAAUGGAUCGAUUGCUAUUGGCAAUGAAGAUUAUUUCAUGUCGGCCCUUCGCCUCCGCCAAGAUACCAAGAGUGCUCCGACAACGCCUGCAGGCGGUAUCAGCAAACGUAAUGCCACCUUCAGCCCCCGGAUAGUGUUCCACGACACAUGGACGCCUGGUGAAUACGACCGCCGCGGUGAGAUUGCCACAUGCAACCGUUUGACGCCAAUGCUUGCCCAGCAAAUCAAGGAAGAGCUGAACAGCUUCAAGAUGGAAAUGGAGGUUCACGAAACGUCGAAGAUCUACACACACUUUUUCUGA